UUUACAUUCCCGCGGUUGGAAUCGGUCGGGCUCGAGCCGAGCUAUCUCCUUUUGCACCUUCCCACGGUCCCACAAGUCUCUCUCACGUUCUUUUAUCCGUUAGGGUUUUGUGCAGGGGUUUCGUUUCACUUGGGGGCUUCAGCUUCAAUCUCGUCGAUUUCCUCCCAUGGCGAAGCCGAGUAGUGGACGUCGCUCUCCGUCCGUCUCUGGUCCGGGUUCGUCCUCUCGUUCUCUGUCGCGGUCGAAUUCCAGGUCCAGAUCUCGUUCCCGCUCUGGUUCCAGCCCGUCGAGGUCUCUCUCGCGUUCCCGCUCCCGUUCUAGAUCGGCCUCUUCGUCUUCUUCUCCUUCGCGGAGCGUAAGGUCCGGAAGCCGCAGUCCUACACCUCGUCGAAGAAGCCCUUCAGGACCUGCUAGACGAGGUCGCUCUCCGCCUCCACAUUCUAAACGAGCCUCUCCACCGCCAAGGAAAGCUUCACCUAUGCGGGAGUCUCUUGUUCUUCAUAUCGACUCGCUCAGCCGGAAUGUGAAUGAAGGCCAUCUGAAAGAAAUAUUCAGCAACUUUGGUGAAGUAGUGCAUGUGGAGCUUGCGAUGGAUCGGGCUUUUAAUCUACCAAAAGGAUAUGCAUAUGUUGAAUUCAAGGCAAGAGCUGAUGCUGAGAAGGCGCAACUGCACAUGGAUGGUGCCCAAAUCGAUGGAAAUGUUGUUAAAGCCAAGUUCACGCUGCCUCCUCGUAAGAAAGUAUCUCCUCCCCCUAAACCCGUUUCAAGUGCACCAAAAAGAGAUGCUCCGAGAUCUGAUAAUGCUGGCGCUGACAGUGAGAAAGAUGAGCCUAAACGUGUGAGGGAAGCUUCUCCUUCACGAAAACCUCUGACUUCUCCAAGAAGGCGGUCACCUGUGCCUAAGAGAGGUGAUUCUCCUCCUCGACGAAGGUUGGAGUCUCCUAUCCGUCGUAGAGGUGAAUCUCCCAACCGUCGUGGUGAUACACCACCAAGACGCAGGCCAGCAUCCCCAUCUAGAGGCCGUUCUCCGACUUCUCCUCCAAGGCGGUAUAGGUCUCCUCCUCCAAGUAGGGGCUCCCCCCGAAGGAUACGUGGCAGUCCUGUUAGAAGACGUUCUCCUCUGCCUCUAAGGCGCAGGUCACCUCCUAGGCGAAUCCGCAGUCCUCUUAGAAGAUCUCCGAUCCGAAGGCGUAGCCGAUCGCCCAUCCGUAGACCUGCCCAUUCUCGCUCAAGGUCAAUCUCACCUCGGAGGGGCCGAGGUCCGGCUGGGAGACGUGGGAGGUCACCUUCCUCCUCUAGUUCACCUAGUCCCCGCAGGGCUCCCAGGAGGAUAUCAAGGAGCCGCAGUCCUAGGAGGCCAUUGAGAGGAGGAAGAAGAAGAAGCAACAGCAGCAGCAGCAGCAGCAGCGGGAGCUCACCUCCUCGGGGAUGAAUCAUAGGUAAAAGAAAAACUUGCAUUCUCUUUACAUAUAUUAUCUUUUGCUCGCUCUCCCUUGUUUUAUUUGUCUGUCAUUACGGCCUCGUAUCUUUCUACCGGCCACUGUUGCUCCUCCUCCGACCGAGAGGCUCUGGUCUCAACUUUCUCCACUGGUCUUUGGUGACUCUGAGACAUCGGUGGUCCUUACUUUGGGGUCUUCAUGUGUGUGUCUUGUUCAUGUCUCUCGCUACUCUUUUAUAUAUAAAGAAUACUUGAGAAUGAUU